AUCUGGCACUGAGUUUUUUCCAAAACUAAAACUUGUUAUCCUGUCCCAUAUACCGUUGUUGGUUUUUAAUUAGACUUCUGUAACUAAUUAUUUUUCAGUCAAGUAUUAAUUUUAUGGUGUAAUAUAACAAUCUUAACAUGUCAUAAAAUCAGCGAUUGUGUUUUAGCCAUCUUGCAGAGAGGUCAGCAGAUGUGAUCCUCUCCUGAAUAUCAUCCCUGAAGCUGACUGACUGUAAACACCAGAACUUCUUAAGCAUGGCAGUGACUAGCAUGAACUCACCAUACUGCCAUAAUUACUUUGGCUGCCAGCUGGCAUGCUGGCAUGCUGGCAUGCUAACCACUUUUCCUCAGGCACCUGUUAUUCCUAUGGUGGUGCUGGCCUUGUUCCACUUUCAAGCUUAACCUCCUUGUUGUUUGUAGCUGGUUCAGAACACUCGUUAUAUAGAGGAUUUUAACCAACUAAAGUACAUUGAACACGUGCAUCCAAAUUCAUAAACAAUCAAAUGGGAUAUGAUUUAGAUUUGUAGUGUCACAACAUAAAUUAACAUGAGUCGCAUCCACUCACUGACUAGACUGAUUGACUUAGACGUGAGCUAAUCACUUCGAUGGGUGCUGCUUUGACCUUCUAACGUGCAAGUGAACAAUCUGUAGUGCUCCCCAGCAAAUUCCACAUCAGUGAGAGGUUGUAAUGUAUUAAUAUUGUGUAAUUUUCAUCAUCAAUCUGUUAUUUGUUCUGUGAAACCUUCAGACUUAAUUUGUUAUUAUUUCAACAUACAGUGUAUCUUUAUGGAAAAACAAAGUCCAUUUACAUUAAUACUUUUAUAAAGCUUAUAAUAUUGCAGUGUUGCCAUGUGAAUGAGGUGAUAUAAUGGCCUUCAUGGUAAACUUGCCCGAAUAUGCAAUGUAUUUUAAACUUUGUUCUCUAAGGAGGGUUCUGCAGAACCUUGUCAGGCUGCCAGGAGGGAUAUCUAAAACAUUAUUUAUAGGUGGAAGUGGCAGUAUAAGUUAUUUUAAAAUCAGAAGAAAUGUUGUCAAUAUAAAGUGUGUUUAAUGUCAGAUUAGAUUAGACAGAUACUUUAUUUAUCCAGAGGGGUAUAUACAUAACCAUCUUUUCAUACCAGCUAGAACACAUUCUAGAUUUCAUAUAUUAGCAAGAAGGGGACUUUGAUUUGAAGACUGUAUUUGAAUAGCUCAUUUGCUAGUUUUAACCAAUUACGUUCUUCAUUCAAACUUCAGACUUUUACAGACAAUUUUGGAAUUUUGUGAGGACUCAACAUCAUUUCCUCAUAUUCCCCCACCUGUUGGAAUAGAUAGCAUAUUUCGUGCUGACCCACUGUUUAAUAGGCAAGUGUCUUAUUUCGAUGACCUUGUGCUACCAACCAAUGAGUCAUUUAUGGAGAAAAUUCAAGCCAAGUGGAACACAAACUGCAGACCACUUUUUCUGACUGAUUCUGGGUUGAAGCCCAGGAUACUGAGAAUUCAUCCUCCUUUUGUGCUAGACUGACUCUCAUUCCGUUCAAAGUACUCCACAGAAUUCAUUAUAGCAAGGCUAGAUUAUCCUGAAUUUAACCAGAUAGGGUUCAUGAUAAAUGUAAUGGAUGUUCAGUUUCACCCUGUGAUUUGACACUCGUUUUGGUCGUGUCCUACAUAUCAUGACUUUAGAAUUUAUUCUUUAAGGUAAACUCUGACAUGUUGCAGGGUCCAACUUUCACCUUCCCACUAUAAAGCCAUCUUUGGUAGAUAACCAGAGACAAAUGUCAAGAUAAAAGUCCAAAUUAAUACAAUAUCCUUUACUUCCAUUAUCACACAGACCACACAAUGCUGUGUCCUUUCUGAAGUUGGAGAAAAUAAAAAAAAAAUCUAUUAGAUGCUCCUUGGAUCAUUUCUACUUAAACUUAACCAUUUUCUGACAGCUGCCUCCCAAUGAAAUGAUCUAAGAAAAGUUAAUAUCCUCUAAUUUUCCUGUGGGAACUGUGCCCCUGCUAUGGGAUGUACAUGUAACCUUUUUGCACAUUAGUCCCUAGUUAAUAUAUGAAAUGUUACCCAGUGGCUUGCUUGUAUAUGUGAUUUAUCUAUCUAUAUUAUUAUUAUUACAGUAGUAGUAUUACCGUCAUAUUUAUUUAUGUAAUUUCUAUCAUUCCCUUUAUUGAUGGACUUUUUGAAAAAAAAAAUGACUCAUGAAGAAGAUCAGUCACACCCAUAAUUAAACCAUUAAAUUGGGACACUUAGUUGCACACUGCUCAUGUUAAACACACAUGGCUUCUUUGUCUCUUAACAAGUUAUAAUCGGCCAUAACUCAUUAAGAAUGGGAUCUACCACCACCUCAUCCCAAUUACUGUACACAGGAACUUAGCUUCUAAAAAUAGACCAGGCCAAAGCCUCUUAAGUUCAAACCUCAUAAGUUGCUUUCCCUGUGUGCCGUCUACGAAUAAAUGUGCAAAGACACUUAGCUACCCACAAAUCCCUGAGGACAGUGAGGUCUCUAAAGCUCAAAAAGGCGUGGUACUAGAGCACCGCGCAGGUGCUUGAGGUGCUCAGUUGUAUCUGGAACCUACAGAUGGCUGAAUUCUAGUGUUUUUACUAUAUUAGCCGCCUGUCGGUAUGCCACAGGACAUGGUGGACCUGUUGGGACUGGACAACUUGGUGGCCAACACAGCCUACCUAAAGGCUCAGCAGAUAGAUCACAAUGACCUCAAAAAGCAGAGACUCUCACUGACGCUGCCAAGCAUAAAGAACACUUCUGCUCUGCAGGAGUCAGUGGGGAAGGAGUACGAGUCACUUUGUGAGAAGCAGCCCAUUGGAAAGAAGUUGUUCCAGCAGUUUCUCCUGACCUCCAAUCCACAGUAUGUAGCUGCUGCUGAGUUCCUGGAGGAGGUGAAGAUCUGGAGCUUUGCUGACGGGGACACCAAAGAAAAGGCCAGGCAGAGCAUCCUUGCUAAGUUCUGUCAGCCGGAGUCAAAAAGCUUCCUCUCCUACCUCACAGGGGUGGAAGCUGAAAUGUGCAAGACUUUGUCAGAUAAGAACUUUGAUGAAGUGACAGUUAACCAGAUCGGAGUAGCCACGAUGGACUUCCUGAAGGGAAAACCUUUCUCGGAGUACAUGCAAAGUCCCUUUUUCAACAGGUUUCUGCAGUGGAAGGAGUACGAGAAGCAGAAGAUCACUGACAAAUACUUCUAUGAGUUCAGGAUUUUGGGAAGAGGUGGCUUUGGUGAGGUGUGUGCGGUGCAGGUGAAACACACAGGCCAGAUGUACGCCUGCAAGAAGCUUGAUAAGAGACAUCUGAAGAAGAAAGCCAGCGAGCGACUGGCCCUGCUCGAGAAGCAGAUCCUGGAAAAGGUCAACAGCCUCUUCAUCGUAAAUCUGGCCUACGCCUACGACAACAGGACCCACCUGUGUCUGGUAAUGGACUUGAUGUCUGGAGGAGACCUCAAGUUUCAUAUCUAUGAGUUAGGGGAGAGGGGUAUCCGAAUGGAGCGUGUUAUUUACUACACAGCCCAGAUAACCACAGGCAUCCUCCACCUGCACUCUAUGGACAUUGUGUACCGUGAUAUGAAGCCAGAGAACGUUUUGCUAGACGGUAAAGGACAGUGUCGGCUGUCGGAUCUCGGACUGGCCGUGGAGCUGCCAAAGUGCGAAAUGAUCUGCCAGAGGGCUGGUACGAUAGGCUACAUGGCUCCUGAGCUCCUCAAGCAGGAGCACUAUCGCACGUCUGUGGACUGGUGGGCUCUGGGCUGCAGCAUUUACGAGAUGGUGGCCGCCCGUCUGCCUUUUAAAGACUUCAGGGAAAAGGUACAGAACGACGAGGUGACCCGUCGCACUCUGGAGGACGAGUGCAAGUUUCAACACAAACGCUUUGACGCUCCCACCAGAGAUAUUAUCAGCCGAUUUCUCAAGAGGAAGGUCAGCCAACGCCUGGGGUGCCGUUAUGACCCCCGAAGCCACGUCUUUUUCAAGAGUAUCAACUUCCAUCGCCUGGAGGCGGGGCUGUUAGAGCCCCCCUGGGUGCCAAAGCUCAACGUGGUCUAUGCCAAAGACACAAACGAGCUGAAGGAUAUCACCGAUGUGAAGGACGUCCAGUUUGAUGCCAAGGACGAGAAAUUCUUCAGGGAGUUCAGCACGGGUGCAGUCUCCAUCCAGUGGCAGAAGGAGAUCAUUGACAGUGGAGUAUUUGACGAGCUGAACGACAUCAAACUGAACGGAAAUCACUUCAAAUCCAGAACGUGUGCCAUUUUGUAAGCGUGUUAUCAUCUAGCAAACAUUCAGAGACUGGGUUGUACUACUACAAAAUGAACAAAUAAUCAUUCAAUAAUUCUGUAAGUGCCUGGUUGUAAUACUAAAAUAAGACCUUUUGUUUCAACAACAGCUAGGUUUUUCCUUUCCCUCAGUGAGGAAGCACCAUCCUGGAAGUGUGUGUACAGUAUCAUGCUGCCAAAUAUAAUUGCACAUUUGUCACAAAACAAAACCACAGUAUUUACGCCUGGAUGGAAACACAUGCUGACAAUGUGCUGCAAGUGCUGCUUUCUACUUUGCCCUUUAUUCCUGGUGAGACAGCAGAUCCCAGAGCAUUCAUAGUUUCCAUUACAUCACUGCCAUUUUGGCAGGCAGUUGUUUACAUGUGUUUGUAAACAAGCUGUAUAAUGGCUGUGUGUGUGUGUGUGUGUGUGUGUGUGUGUGUGCGCGUGUGUCAGUGACCAGCAGCUCUACUAUUAUUAUCAUCGGUAUUUGCAGCAGUGUUUCCUAUAAUGACUGAAGUGUCACACCAAAUACCAUGAAGGCUCUUGUGAGAGGAUUAUCUCACGCAGCCUCGUGUGAAGCGUCUCAGUAGCAGAUGUUCACCGCUAAGUGCCGCCAGACACCCACCGAGAACACCGUGCUCCAACCUCCCGCAGCACUCCUCAUCAUCCCCAUUAUCCUGACUGCGCUGCUCCGGUAUUUACAAGCACUGGAUGACUCGUUCACUCCUUUUUAACAAGGGAUGCAGGGAGACAAACUGUUGUUCACAUAUAGUCUUUUCCUCCGGAAAAUAACAUACUAACAUAGAUUUUGUUUGGCACUGCCAAUCCCCUGUCUAACCCCCCAAAUCACCCUUUGUUUACAAGCAUAUUUAGUGCACAGCAACAAAAAAACAACAACACAGACUGUUUAUAUAGCUUUCACACAUUGCGGAUCCACAGUUUUUCUAUUGCUCAUAAAUCCACGUCCUCUUGUUCUCAACUAAGGGUUAAGGUGCUCUGAUUACAGACGCUACUGUGGCUUCUGCUUGAGAUAUUCUUUUUUGAACAUUUCAGGUGUUUUGCCUAUAUUUGGUAGCAAUCAAAGAGAUUACAUAAAAUGAAAAGAGUGGAGGUCUGACAUCUACACAGGGAUAAGGCUGGACUCAAACCAGGGAUUACAUAUUUUCUGCUUGACAUGUUUAAGCUACCGAGAUAUGCUCCAGCUUCGUAAUUCUGAUUCAAAUGACCAAUUUUGCAAUUUUAAGAGAAGAAGCACUCUUAAAAGAGCUGCCAAACGGUGCCAAUGAUCUUUUUUUUUUUUUUUUAUUGCACAAGUGUACUUUUAUAAAGAUUAUUUUCUCAAAUUUUAUGAGACAUGUUUUAGCUUGUAAGGAUCUUGUAAACUGUUUUUGUGAUGUCUUCUUGGAAUGUUUGUCGCAUUUUUUUUUUUUUUUUUUUUUUUUUUUUUUACC